AUGGCUACCACCGUCGACAAGAUCAAGGACAUCGAGGCCGAAAUGGCCAAGACCCAGAAAAACAAGGCCACCUCUUUUCAUUUGGGCCAACUCAAAGCCAAAUUGGCCAAAUUGAAGAGGGAAUUGCUUACACCAACUUCUUCUGGUGGUGGCGGUGGCAGUGGGUUUGACGUUGCGAGAACCGGUGUCGCUUCAGUCGGCUUCAUUGGAUUCCCCUCGGUUGGGAAGUCCACCCUCAUGAGCCGAUUGACGGGUCAGCAUUCUGAGGCUGCGGCCUACGAGUUCACGACACUGACCACGGUUCCUGGUCAAGUCAUGUACAACGGAGCAGCAAUACAGAUGCUCGACUUACCGGGUAUCAUUCAGGGAGCCAAGGACGGCAAAGGUCGUGGCCGGCAGGUCAUUGCCGUGGCAAAGACCUGUCAUUUGAUCUUCAUCGUCCUCGACGUCAACAAGCCACUUACAGACAAGAGAGUUAUCGAGUCGGAAUUGGAAGGCUUCGGUAUCCGCAUCAACAAGGAGCCACCCAAUAUUGUAUUCAAGAAGAAAGACAAGGGCGGGCUCAACAUCACAAGUACUGUGCCGCUGACACACAUUGACCACGAUGAAAUCAAAGCUGUCAUGAACGAGUAUCGCAUCUCUUCCGCUGACAUUGCCAUCCGAUGCGAUGCCACCAUCGAUGACCUCAUCGAUGUGCUCGAGGCAAAAAGCAGGAGUUAUAUUCCGGUCAUUUACGCCCUGAACAAAAUCGAUGCAAUAUCCAUCGAGGAACUGGACCUGUUGUAUCGUAUUCCCAACGCAUGUCCGAUCAGCUCGGAGCACGGUUGGAACAUUGAUGAGUUGUUAGAGCUGAUGUGGGAGAAACUUCAACUGAAACGUGUUUACACGAAACCCAAGGGCAAACAACCGGACUAUUCUGCUCCCGUGGUCUUGAGACAGAACGCUUCAACGGUUGAGGAUUUUUGCAAUGCUAUACACAAGUCCAUUGUCGAGCAGUUCAAGCAUGCAAUUGUUUAUGGUCGUUCAGUCAAGCAUCAGCCCCAACGGGUGGGUCUUUCUCACGAGCUCGCAGAUGAGGACAUCAGUAAGUACUGUACAUUUGAGCGUGCCUUCCGCGUCCCGAUUGGAGUCUAA